GCAGUAGUUUUAAAAGUAAAAGUGAUUGAAAGCUUUUGGGCUGCAGAAAUAUAUUCAGUUGUUAGACGUUUGCUUUAGUUACGUGGAAAAAUUAACAUUUUAACUUAAGCAAAAGGAUUUCAUUUUCAUCCAAACACUAACGGACACUUUCUGUUUUUUAUAUGAAGAACUGAAGCAGUGCAGCUCACCUAAAGAUGAAAAUUACAGUGCUUGGUGCAACAGGGCAAACUGGGCAGCAGGUGGUAAGCCAAGCUUUGCAGCAGGGACAUGUUGUCACAGCUAUUGUGAGGAAUCCUGGAAAAAUGACAAUCGACCAUGAGAACCUUAAGGUGGUGGAGGGCAACAUUUUCUCAGAGGACAGCCUAAAACCACACUUUACAGGCCAGGAUGCUGUGAUGUCAUGUCUUGGGUUUCCACCAUCACCUUUACAAGGAGUCACUGGUUAUACUCAAUCCAUGACUGCAACAGUUAAUGCUAUGCGAGAGGUCAAAGUGAAUCGACUCAUUACCAUGACAUCAUGGUACACUGACACUAAUUCAGCGACCAAUGCUUCCUUCUUUGUCCGCUACAUGCUGUUGCCGAUGAUCAAAACUGUUCUGAGUGAUAUGCAUGAGAUGGAGGCGCAGUUGGCGAAGACCGAGGACAUCAACUGGACUGUCGUCAGGCCACCUGGUCUAAAGAAUGAACCAGCUACAGAGAAGGAGUUCUUGACUCAUGAAGGUUACUUUGUUCCUGAUAAUAAAGGCUAUCCUAUAGGACAGACCAUACCAAGAGGAGACGUGGCUCGCUUUAUGCUCUCACAACUUACCAACAAUGCCUGGUUUAAAAAGGCAGUUGCUAUCAUCACUAAAUGAGCGAGAUUAAACUACAGCUAUUAUAUUCUGCAACUAACAGAAUAAAAAAAAUCAUCAGAGAUCGUAA